AGCGCAUUGAAGAGAAAAGGCGACACUUUCUCACUCUAGAAAUCAACACCCUACCAAAUCUGUUGAUGGGUUUGUCAGAUGGCGAUGGCUCCUCUCAGCUCCGCCAACACGUCAUCGUAAUGCGCCACGGCGACAGGCUCGACAACGCCGUCCCUCUCUGGACCGCCUCGGCGCCCCGCCCCUGGGACCCGCCGCUCGCCGACGACGGCCACGUCCGAGCCUUCACCUCCGGUGCCAAACUCAGAAAACACCUCUCUUUCCCGAUCCACCGCGUUUUCGUCUCCCCCUUCCUCCGCUGCCUCCAGACCGCCUCCGGAGUCGUCUCCGCGCUCUGCGCCGUCGAUAGGAAAUCCGACGAUCCCAAUGACUUGACCUCCAACGCCGUCGUCAUCGAUGCUUCCAAAAUCAAGGUGUCAAUGGAGUUUGGAUUAUGUGAGAUGAUGAACUCUUUAGCCAUCCGACCUAAAGUUGCUCCUAAAGAUGGGAUUUUUACUUUUGAUAUAGCACAGUGUAAAUCUGUAUUACCUGCUGGAACUAUUGAUAAUACUACUGAAAUGGUUUAUAAGGAGUUGCCAAGAUGGCAAGAGACAUUAGAAGAUACAAGGGCUAGAUAUCUCCAGGUGAUCACAAGUCUUGCUGACAAAUAUCCUUCGGAAAACUUGUUGCUAGUGACUCAUGGGGAAGGAGUUGGAUCCUCUGUUGCUGGAUGUUUUGAGGAUGUUGAGGUAGCCGAAGUCGAGUAUUGUGCGUAUUCAGUAUUACACAGGUCCGUAGUUUUCAAAGAGAGCAAGUCGUUUAGUGCUGGACAGUUUGUGGGAUCACUGCAAGAUCUAGUCGGUGUUCAGCUAGUGCAAGUUCAAGAAACUUAGUGAAUUGGUGUUCUGUUUUCCUCUCUUUUGUUGUGAAUCUAAUAAACUUGUACCAAUCUGUUAUUGCUACAUUCAAUUUAAAAAUUGAAAUCAUCGAAUGUAGUGAAAUGUAAAAGCAGUUGCUCAUUUUCA